AUGCCUCUCCACCUGCUCGGCAAGAAAAGCUGGAACGUCUAUAACACCGACAAUGUCGAGCGAGUACGACGCGAUGAAGCCGAGGCGCAGGCACGCGAGGAGGCGGCGGAGCAGCGCAUGCAGGCUGAGGAUGCGGCGCGGAGGAUAGCGAUAUUACGGGGCGAAGAGCCUCCACCGCUGCCUGCGGCUGAACCUGAAGAUGAAGUGCUCAGUGCUUCUGGAGGGCGGAAGCGUGGAGCGGAGGAAAGCUUUGGGCGGAGAAGGAAGAAGCGGAGGGGCGAGGAUGAUACUGAUCAAGCUAUCCGCUAUGCACGCGAGGAUGCUGAAGCAGGGGAGAAGGCGAGGGAGAGCCAGGCGCUGAAGGGAAGGGAGCAGGAAAGGGAUGCACCCCUGGUCGAUCACGCUGGCCAUGUGCAACUCUUCGCUGCCCCAGAUGAAGCUUCCAUUCGUAAAGCAGCCAAAAACGCUGAAGCCGAAGCAGAGAAGGCGAAGAAAAAGAAGAGAGAUGAAGACCAGUACACCAUGCGCUUCAGCCACGCAGCAGGCUUCAAGAAGAGCGCGCAGCAGAAGCCCUGGUACGCUGCGAACGGGGCGAGAGAAGACGGCACCAAAGCUGUCGCACUCUCCGAUGUCCAAGACAAAGACGUCUGGGGCAAUGAGGACCCGCGUCGCAGAGAGCGCGAGCAGAGUCGCGUCUCCUCCAACGACCCGUUCGCGGCGAUGCAGCAGGCACAGCGGCAGCUGAAGCGAAGUGAGACGGAUCGCGAGAAGUGGAAGAGAGAGCGCGAUGCUGAGAUUGAGGAGCUGAAGCGUGCUGAGGAACGGCAGCGUAGGAGAGAGGAGAAGAGGGAUCGUAGACGCCGUGAGGUAGACCAUCGGGCGGACAGUCUGGAGGGCUUCAGUCUUGAUGAUCCCGUCACUGAGAAGAGCCACAAUGGCGGCACCACAACCAGCGGCGGAGGAGUCGUUCUCGCAGUCGUGCCCGUGACCGCAGUGACGACCAUCGCGAUAGGAGGUCCGGAUAUGAAGAAAUCCUCAACCGUCUCGUCCACACAGUUCCACCAACUGUCAUAUUCGCAUGCCCCUUACCCGAGAAAGACGGACCAUCCCUCCCAAGCACGCAUCACCAUCACCGUCGUCGGCGGCGGGGGCGGCGCCACGGGAGUCGCAGCCCGCACGCACGUGAAAUCACAUGCUCACCCCCUUCGGCGGAACCUCAGCUGCAUUAUCAAGGGGGAAUACAUUACAGCCCUGAAUACAGUACCCUCGUGGAUCCAGAACAUGGAUACUGCCACGCCAACAGAUUCGAGCCAACUGGUUGUAAUCGAAUCUGGCAGAGUCCGCCUUGCCUAA